UGCUCACCUUCCCACUCGCUGCACCCUCUCUGCCUCCUCUGUGCCGAAGCCCUUCAUGGCUCCCAAAAAGCCAGAGCCCAAGAAGGAGGACCCCAAGGCGGCCUCCAAGGCGGCCCCUGCACCAGCUCCCGCGCCAGCCCCGGAGCCCGAGCGCCCCAAGGAGGUGGAGUUCGAUGCCUCCAAGGUCAAGAUCGAGUUCACUCCGGAACAGAUUGAAGAAUUCAAGGAAGCCUUCAUGCUGUUCGACCGCACGCCCAAGUGCGAGAUGAAGAUCACAUACGGGCAGUGCGGGGACGUCCUGCGUGCUCUGGGCCAGAACCCCACGCAGGCCGAGGUGCUCCGUGUCUUAGGGAAGCCGAAGCAGGAAGAGCUCAACACCAAGAUGAUGGACUUCGACACGUUCCUGCCUAUGCUGCAGCAUGUCUCCAAGAACAAGGACACGGGCACCUACGAGGACUUCGUGGAGGGGCUGCGGGUCUUCGACAAGGAGGGCAACGGCACCGUCAUGGGUGCUGAGCUCCGCCACGUGCUGGCCACGCUGGGUGAGCGGCUGACGGAGGACGAGGUGGAGAAACUGAUGGCAGGGCAGGAGGACUCCAACGGCUGCAUCAACUAUGAAGCCUUCGUGAAGCACAUCAUGGCCAGCUGAGCCUCCCGCCAGGGGGCCCUGGAGGCCAUGUCAGGCGGCUCGUCUCACACUCGUGACACCACAGCACCGGCCUGGAGUCACAGGGAGGAGGGCAGCGUGUCAAGGCUCGGGCGUAACUCUCAAGCUCUGCGUGCUGUCAUCUCCUGUCCCUGCUGGGCUGUGCUUACCUGUGACAGCAUCUCUGUUCCCCACCCCAUGGGCCUCAUGAAUAAAUGGCUUCCUUCCUUCCUC